AUGAAUCUGAGUCCGCCUGAACAAAGCAUGCACAAGCUGAGCGAGGACUGCCCGGAAGUCAGUAAAGCCAACCUUCUUCUCCCCUGUUUUCGCAGAAACGCAUACGACGAGUCCCUUGCUUCUUACCACAGCGGCUCCAUCAUAUCUCACCUCCUGCGUAAAACUAUUCACAAUAAACUGACGUCCCUCGACAACAACCUUCUUUACAUGCCGAAUGUUUCUGCUGCCAGCGUGGUGGAUUCUGAAUGCAACAUGACAGAUUUCGCUCAAGACGAUCAGAGCUGCCUGUCUUUUAAAGACAGCACCGAUGACCUGUCUUCAGGAAGCCAGCCCUCGAGUACAGAUGUCGAGCGGCCGCUGACCGAGCACCUCCAAGCGAAGCGUGCACGGGUGGAGAACAUCAUACGGGGCAUGUCGAGCUCACCCAAUUCCAGGUCACACGGAGAAGAUGAAUGUGAAGCCAUCCGCUGCAGACGGGACAUCCUGAAGGAGAACAAGCGCAAACAGAGACUUCCCCAGCACCAGGAACCCAGUCAGUUUAACAUGAGAGGCAAUGGCGCCAAGACGAGCAAAGACGAGGAGUGUCACAAACUGAAGGAGCAGCUCCAGAGCAUGCAGCGUCUCCUCCAUCAGCUCCAGGAGAAGAUCUCCCAUGUGAAUGACCAGAAUUACUGCGUGAACGAGGACACGGCGGACGGGGGAGAAGAAUGUGACAUCCAAGAAAAAAGUCAGAGCAGCUACAAAGACAAACUGAAUGUGGACAAUAGCAGUUUUACAUCAGACUGUGAAGUCAGGAACCUCCAGGAGACUCUGAAAUGUGAGCUGACCAGGACUGUGAGUGACAGCAUUGACAUGGUCUUCAGGAAACUCUCCACGGCCCUCCUAAAGCAGCCACCCCACCCUCAGCCGUGCCAGAGUCCCGAGUACCCCGAGAAGGAAACUCACCGGGAUUCCCCUCCGGAGCUCUCGGACUCGGACGAAAACACCAGAUCGGCAGAACGCUUCGAGAGCACGCCUGUCAACAGCCCAGAACACCAGACAGAAGCUCUGUCCCUAGUGGUUCGUAAACCUUCCCAGUUCAACUCGGUCGGUCAGGGUGUAAAGAGACCCUACCCGCUCCACCAGUCCCCUUUCCAGUUCGGCUACGGUACUCCGCUUCACGACAGCCAGAUCCUGGAGCACCUUCUGAAAUACGGACCUCAUUCAGCCUUCUCAGCGCUCCCCUGUCUGCCUCCGUCCUUGGAGCGGUCGUCGCCGGACUCUAUGGAGCACACCUGGGAAAGUGUGGCCAUGCGAUCAAAGGUAACCUCUGGACAUCUGGUUCAGCACCAUCGCCCCGGACCGCCAGGACUGCUGGCCGUAGACGCACUUUGCCUGCCUCAUGUUAAAAUGGAGUGUGGAGAUCUGCAGAGUAUGGCCGAGAGAAGCUCUUUCAUGUCACUCAAUAUUCAGGAGGGUCUGACUCCAAACCACCUGAAGAAAGCCAAACUCAUGUUCUUCUACACACGCUACCCAAGCUCAAACCUACUCAAGAACUUCUUUCCUGAUGUCAAGUUUAACCGUUGCAUCACGUCGCAGCUGAUCAAGUGGUUCAGUAAUUUCCGGGAGUUUUACUACAUCCAAAUGGAGAAGUUCGCACGUCAGGCCGUCAUCGACGGGGUUCAUGAUGUGAAGGACAUAUCCGUCAGCAGAGAGUCCGAGCUCUUCCGUGCCCUCAACAUGCACUACAACAAAGCCAACGACUUCCAGGUUCCAGACAGAUUUCUGGAGGUUGCUGAAAUCACGCUUCAGGAGUUCUACAGCGCCAUCUCUCUGUCCAAAGACUCCGACCCCUCCUGGAAAAAAGCCAUCUACAAGGUCAUCUGCAAACAGGACAGUGACGUUCCUGAGGACUUCAAGUCUCCCUCGUACAUAUAAACUCAUUUGUCUUAAAUGAUUACUCGUAUCAAAGUGUCUUGAUUGGAAAAGCUCACACGUAUGUAAGGGCUGCACGAUUACAACAAAAAUCGUAAUUGUGAACCGUUCAUUUUAAUGAAUGAAAUUUACAUCAACUGACCAUGUAAAUCUGUUGAAUUAUUGACAUUCAAAAGUGAAGUGCACACAGUUUUACACACAUUAUAGCAAAUCAUAAAUAAUCACAAAUGACAGGCGAUGAUUAUUUUAGUUUUUGAAGUAUCUUAACGUGUCAAGUGAUGUUUCUACAGCGUGUAUUUCCACCGGACAACAACAGAACCCCUGUAAACCAAUGGAAAUCUUAUCCAUCACUUUUCAUGAUCACAGAAAGCAUCCGUCAUGUUCUCUGUUAUUUAUCUUGUGCAGUCUUAUCAUAUGUGAAGGCCACAAUAUUUUGCUCUUUGACAUUCAAUAUUUGAACACAAACAGGUUUCAACGUCUUCUGCCGACUGGAGUGUUUUCUGUUGUUUGUGUAACAAUGCUUUUCAUGAAUAUGCAGUGUUCACAUGUUGAAAUGGUUUCUCUGUGGAGUGUUUCAUGAAGAAUUUGUAUUCAUUAUUCUAUAGAGACUGUAAAUAUGUGUCAUUUAGCUGUAAAUGAUGAGAAAUGUGGAUUAGAGAAGUUUAUGUCAGAGGAAAGAUGAAAAUAUUUCAUGUAGAAGCGUUUAUACCAAUAUAUCCUAUUUAUCAUACAGUAUGUAGUUGGAAUAUUCUUGUUUGUGAUCAUCUAGCAUUCUGUGUUUUUUCUUUGAAUAAUAAUAAA